UUGAAAACCUGACAAAUGGCGGCCAUAUUGACAUAAUUGUUAUUGUCGACGGCAGCACGCAGCUAGACCAUUGAGCUAGACCCCCGUAAUGCAUCUGACAGUUUCGAAUUGUCAGGUGACAAAGACAUUUAGGGUCUAUUUCCUGUCCUGCGGUAUUUCUAUGUAAUUAUCUUUUUGUUUGUUCCAUUUUUAUUCACGGACCUUCUGUGUUUGUGAGUGUGUAGCUGAAAAGAUAUGGGCAGGAGCGGUAAGCCAUGGUAAUCAUCAAUUCAGUUCUCAAACUCCUGCAGCGACAGACUUAUACAUGUCUGUCCCAUCGCUAUGGACUCUACCUCUGUUUCGGAGGAAUAGUUCUUAUGAUCGUAUCCGCCUUUCAGUUCGGAGAGGUGGUUGUGGAGUGGAGCAGAGACCAGUACCAUGUACUCUUUGACUCUUAUAGGGAUAAUGUGGCAGGGAGAUCUUUCCAAACCAGGCUGUGUCUACCCAUGCCCAUCGACGUGGUGUACACCUGGGUGAACGGCACCGAUGCCGACCUGCUGAGGAACCUGAAGGCCGUCAGGGAGCGACUGGAGGAGGAGCAGAGGGCACUGAGAGAACGUCUGGGGAAGAAUGCCAGUGAACCCACAGAAGUUCCAAAGGAAGGAGAGCGUCUGGAGUGUCUGCUGUCCCACUGUAUCCUGGCGCCCAUCCUGGUCCUUGACCCGGCGUUGGCACCUAACGUCACGCUGAAGGAGAUACCCUCGCUCUCUCCCGCACUCUCCUCGGCCAAACAGCUUCUACCAGUGUCCAAGCCGCUCCACCCCUCCACCAGCGUGUCUGUGCUGGUCUUCCACUCUCAGAGCGAUGUGGAGAAGGCAUACGCUGAUGUGCCAAAGGAGCUCCCCAAACACUCUGUCUCCAGGGGAUACCUGACGGCGGAUAAGGAGGCUCCUGGUCUGGUGCGUAUGCAGACGCUGGCCUACAUGAGUGGCUUCCCCGGCUCCUUUAAAGAGACGGAGCAACUCAGGGUCAAACUGCCCUCCGUGGUCACCUCCAAGAUGAAACAGUUGCAGCUAUACUCUGAGGCCAGUAUCGCCCUGUUGCAUCUGAACAGCGCUCAGGACUUCAGCGACUUGACCCAGCAGGCCAAGAAGAACCUGACUCUGGAUGGGAAAGAGCUGACCAUCAGCCCGGCCUACCUCUUCUGGGACCUCAGCGCCAUCACGCAGUCCAAGCAGGACGAGGACGUUUCGGCGAGCCGCUUCGAGGAUAACGAAGAGCUCCGCUAUUCGCUGCGCUCCGUGGAGAAACACGCUCCCUGGGUGCGGCACAUCUUCAUCGUGACCAAUGGGCAGAUCCCGUCCUGGCUCAACCUGGACAACCCCCGCAUUUCUGUGGUUACACAUCAGGACAUCUUCCAGAACCAGAGCCACCUCCCCACCUUCAGUUCUCCUUCCAUCGAGACGCACCUCCACCGCAUCCCUGGCCUCUCGCAGAAGUUCAUCUACCUCAAUGACGACGUCAUGUUCGGGAAGGACGUCUGGCCCGACGACUUCUACAGCCACUCCAAGGGACAGAAGGUGUAUCUGACGUGGCCAGUUCCUAACUGUGCUGAGGGUUGCCCUGGCUCCUGGAUCAAAGAUGGCUACUGCGACAAAGCCUGCAACAACUCCGCAUGCGACUGGGACGGCGGGGACUGUCUGGGCACAGGCAGCAACAGCCGGUUCGUGGCGGGUGUGCCGGUGGGCCCGGGGGGUGCGGUCGCUGGGCAGCCCUGGCAGUUCCCCGGUGGGCUGGGUGGCAUCGGCGGGGUCACCUUCUGCAACCAGGGCUGCGCCAACUCCUGGCUGGCUGACAAAUUCUGCGACCAGGCCUGCAACGUGCUGUCCUGCAGCUUCGACGUGGGGGACUGCGGAGAAGAUCACUUUGAUGAGCUGUAUCGUGUUAACCUCAUGAGGAACCAGACACACUACUCUCUUCCCCAGGGGGAGAUCCGACCCUACUUUAGCUUCUCUGGACUGGCUCACCGCGUGUCUGAGGCCCAGGUGGGUGAUAACGUGGUGGUCCGCCACACCAGCGUGGCCAACAAGUGGAAGACCAUCCACCUGCUGCUGUUCCCCGGUCACAACGCUACACAGGUCCACUACAACAUCACCUUCCAGACCUCCGACGACAGCCACUUCGCCAUGGCUUUCUCCGUCUCCGUGGAUACGCGCGAGAUUCCCCGCGUCAACACUUCCGAAAGCGCGCGCGGCGGUGGCGGCAGCGACGAGAAGGCCAAGGAGGCCAAGCCCACCGCCCCGACUCCUGAGCCCGACGUGCAGUUUCCCGACAUCCCGGAGGACAAACGGGGUCCUAAAAUCAGGAAGAAGCCGGUCAGCCAGCCAGAGGUGGCUGUGGAGGUGCCUGCGCUAAAUAUCUCCCUCUUGCCAGUGGAAGUUCGGUACGAGCUUCACCUCCUGCAGGAGAAGCUGGACACUGGGGACAUCACUAUGAAGGGUUAUAACCUCACUAAGUCAACCCUCCUGGCGUCGUUCAAGGACCAGCCUCAGUACGCUCUCCAUGGCAACGGUGACAUCCCAGAACCCGCGCAGUCUGACGGCAAGCCACAGAGCAAACCCUAUAAAGACAUGGAGCCGGAGGAGAGAGAGGGCGGAGGAGAGGCGGAGAGGAAGGAUGAGCAGGAGGAGGAGAAGAAAGAAAGAGUGAAGAGAAACGAAGGAGAGGCGAAGGAGGGAACAGAGGAAGAGGAGGAAGAGAAGAGGAAGAGCGCAGGAGAAGGGGACAAAGAGACAGAGAAGAAACCUCAGGUGACCCUUGUUCCUAUUCCAAUCGAUGACAAGCCUCCAGACCGCUUAGUGGAAGGUGAGCGGUUGCCCACAGAGAAGCCACUGACAUCCAAACUGCUCAGCACUCUGAUGGGUUCCGUCGCUAAAGGGAAGGUCCCGGAGGCUCAAGCCCAGCCUGGGGCUCCUCCGCUGGGGAGAGAGGCGGCGGGAGACCAGGGUCCCCCCAUCGGCAGGAGGCUCCAGCACUAUGUCAACUCUGACCGAGGAUUCCUGCCGUGGGAGAGGAGGAAGUACUUCCAGGACCUGCUGGAGGAAGGGGAACGUCUGGAGGCGGAGCUGCAGUACGCUACAGACAGCGAUGCCAUCGGCCGGAAGCUGCAGGACACCUUCGCUGACUCCCUGCGCUACGUCAACAAGCUCCUGAAUGGCCAGUUUGGCUUUACAUCACGCAAAGUGCCCGCCCACAUGCCCCACAUGAUUGACCGGCUCAUCAUGCAGGAACUCCAAGAUGUCUUCCCUAAGGAGUUUGAUAAGACGUCGUCUCACCGCGUGCGUCACUCCGAGGACAUGCAGUUCGCCUUCUCCUACUUCUACUUCCUCAUGAGCGCCCUGCAGCACCUCAACGUCUCGCAGGUGUUUGACGAGAUCGACACCGACCACUCCGGCGUGCUGUCCGACCGCGAGAUCCGCACGCUGGCCACGCGCAUCCACGAGCUGCCCCUCAGCCUGCAGGACCUGACGGGUCUGGAACAGAUGCUGAUUAACUGCUCUAAGACCCUCCCCACAAACCUGACAGGCCUGCACCAGAUCAGCCCUACCCAGGAGGCAUACUACGACCCCAGCAUGCCUCCAGUCACCAAAGGCCUGGUGGUUAACUGCAAGCCCAUCACAGAGCGCAUCCACAAGGCCUUCAGGGACCAGAAUAAGUACAAGUUCGAGAUCAUGGGCGAGGAGGAGAUUGCCUUUAAGAUGGUGCGCACUAACGUGUCUCACGUGGUGGGACAGCUGGACGAUAUCAGGAAGAACCCAAGGAAGUUCAUCUGUCUGAAUGACAACAUUGACCACAGCCAUAAGGACGCGGGGACUGUGAAGGCCGUCUUGAGGGACUUCUACGAGUCCAUGUUCCCUCUGCCCUCCCAGUUUGAGCUGCCCAGGGAGUACCGCAAUCGCUUCCUCCACAUGCGUGAGCUACAGGAAUGGCGUGUGUACAGGGACAAACUGAAGUUCUGGACCCACUGUGUGUUGGUGACACUGGUCGUCUUCACCGUCAUGUCCUUCUUUGCUGAACAGUUGAUCCUCCUGAAGCGGCGCCUCUUCCCCAGACGACGGGUCAGCAAGGAAUCCACCUCGGAGCGUGUGUGAGGAGGUGACGGAGGAGAAAAGAACCACUUCUCCUUUUUCAUCUCUCCUCCCCUCAUCCUUCCCUUCCUUCCUCCCUCUCUGACUCACUCCUCUGUCUCUCUCUCUCUCUCUCUCUCUGUGUCUUAAGAGAGGGGGAUUAGCUGGGUGAGGUUGGAGCAGGGGUCAGGUUUUUGAACGGAGUGAGGCGUGGACUUCAAAGGGCUUCUCCUCCAAGCCCUGAAGCGUAAAGACAUACAAGGUGACCUACACAGUAAUGGCAAGAAACAUGGUCUUCCCAGACUGCUGGGAUGCUGCAUGAAAAGGGGACGCGGGAAAGAAAUAUAUGAAUGAAUCAGCAACUGGAGAAAUCUUGACAUCAAAGUGGUAACCAGGAUUUACUGAGACACUAUGAUUCCAGUCCACCAGGGGGCACUAAUGAGACUCCAGUGAGCAAUACACACUCCCCCACCCCUAGUCUGUCGGUCUACUGUGUCGUUGUGAUCAAGAUGUUGGUGUCCUGUCCACCACACACUCAAGACAUCAACACUGGACACUGAAAUAGUAUUUCUUGUGAAUUGUUGGUUUCAUAUCAGUUAGAUGCUUACAACUGAACCCUGAUUUUGUGAAUGAGGAUCUUGGUCUCUGCCUCGUUUUGUAAGGCUUGAUUAUAUUAUAUUAGAAUGAUUAUUUUAAAUACAAAAGGCAGAGUGUGAGAACAUCUUGGUGGCUCACUGCAGGGGUUUUUUUAUUGUGUGUUUGUUGGUGCUUUUGUUUUGUUUGUUCUCUCGGACAUGAGUUUGUUUUGGCUGUUGCUUCAACCUAUCGUUUUCUUCUCAACAUUCCAGAAGAAGUGCCUUUUUAUAGACACAGACUAUUAGGCCGAUGCACUUUCUCUUACUCUCGAGUUGUGCUAAUAGGCCUGAUUUGUCGUGUAUAUGGUCCCUGCUUUGUUGAACAGGAACUGUGAGAUUGACUUCAAUGCUGGUCUUGAGGUUGUCAAAUCUUCCUCAAAUUCACACUUUGUAAGCAUCUGGGUUUUGAAAAAGAAAAGCACAUGAUUUGAAUGUUCCUGACAGAAAGGACAUGAUUUAAAACAAAACUCUCUCCUACCUGCAUCAUGUCCCCUUCCUGGUUGCAAUGAUAUCAUAAAAGGCUACCAUAGUGACAGGGGUCAUAUGGGAGCUGAAGAGCUCAUGUCUAACAUUUUCUGUGUCUGUUUACUUUCACAACUAAUACAGUGUACAUAGAUACAGUCCAACAUAUUAAGAUCAUAUCUAUUUCUGAUGCUUUGGAAAUGGAGAUUUGUCACAGGACAGUGUUUGUUUGAGCUUAUCAAAAACCUGCAUGUUUUGCAAGAGUUAAGCCCACCAAGAGGCUGUUUGUAUGCGUGUGUGUGUGUGUGUGUUUGUUUGUGUGAGUGAGAGAGACAGAGAGAGCUUUUCUCUCAGGGAACUUAAUGAUAACAAAUUGCUUGUAUCUGAAAUUCAGAUUUCUACAGCUUGGGACUUAUCAGUGACUAAUGAUUUGUUCUGUGGAUUAAGUUUAUAAUAAUGUAAUGUGAUGGAUGUCAGGCUUUCUGUGUUAAGUUCGUGCCAUAAAAACCCUCAGUACUAAAGAGUGUAUUUAAAUGUAUGGAUUGACCACACAAAUAACCUUGAACUGACAACUGUCCACAAGUAAUAGCAUGGUCAAUGAUGCCCUGUUUGCCAAUCAGUUUUAACCAAUGAGAUGAAAACCUGAAAUUCGCUGGAAUUAAAAAGUAAAAUUGUGUUAAAAUA